AUGUUGUGCCGCCGCACGGGACGGGCAUGUGCGGCCGUCGUCGUGAAUAGUAACAUCAGUGGCGGCCGCACUGCGCUUCAGUGUGCCCGCCGCCACACGUCCUUUGACUACGCUGAGUACAACAACAGAGACCCGCUGUUUCUGCGCCAGCAGCUGACGAGCAGAGAGAAUGAAAUGCGAGGCACGGUGCGCGCCUUCUGCAUGAAGACGCUUCUCCCCCGCGUGACAAACGCGUACCGGCAAGCGCGUGACGACCGCGACAUCUAUCGCGAGCUGGGCGCGAUGGGGGUGCUAGGACCGACGAUUGACGGCUAUGGUUGCGCUGGCGCCAGCUCCGUUGCCGCUGGCCUCAUCGCGUACGAGUUGGAGGCCGUUGACAGCGGCUACCGCUCCGCGUGGUCGGUGCAGUCGUCGCUCGUGAUGCACGCGAUCCGCGCGUUCGGCAGCGAGGCGCAGCAGCAGCGGUGGUUGCCGCAGCUGGCGAGCGGCGCGCUGGUCGGCUGCUUUGCGCUGACGGA